AUGUUUCGAGUCACUCCAGUUUGUCUGCGUGUUGGUAAGUGUUGCUGUGUUGGCAAACGAGGUCGCUAUCUCAGUCACCCUCCAUUCCUCACUAACAACGCGCUUGGUGGCUUACGGUAG